AUGCUGCCCUCCUGCUGCGUGGCGCCCAGUGGCGCUGCCGCCGCAGCAGCACCCACCAGUAGCGACACCAGCAGCAGCAGCAGCACCAGCACCAGCAGCAGCAGCAGCAGCAGCAGCAGCAUUCCGCCGCUGCAGCACGCGCUGGUGGGCUGGUCCACUCUUUGGCAGUUCCCCCCCCCCCGCUCGGUGCCGCGGAGUUUGGCUUUGGCGGUGACUCGCGAAUUAGCUGCUGUUUUGGCGCUGCUGCAGUCUGCUGCUGCUGCUCCUGCUGCUGCUGCUGCUGCUGCUUCUCCCGCCGCUGCAGCUGCUGCUGCUGCGCUCCCCAGGCUGCUGCAGCUCGCUGAGGGCGGCCCUUUUAAAAAGGAAAUUGAGGACUUCUUGGCGGCGCUGCAGAUACGAAUUCAGGCGAGCUUCGACAAAGCCGUGGGAGAGCUGUCGCUGGAGGCGCUGCAUGCAACAGCAGCAGCAGCAGCAGCAGCAGCAGCAGCAGAAGAGAAGGGGCCCCAAAUUGGCGCCAAGCUGCCGUCUAUGGCGCAGCUGGAAGAGAGGAUAAAGCUGCAGCAAGAACUGAAAACCCUAAAGUCCCAAGAAGAGGUUUCGAAGCAGAAUGUGCAGCAGCACAAGCUGCUGAUUGAAAGACUCAAGGCCGAGCUGCAGUGCGUGGACGUUGCAUUGAAGCAGAUCACAGAAAAAGAAGAGGCCUUGAAGCAAGGAAUGGCUGUUGCUGGUUCCGCCAGUCUGUAG